AGAAGACAACAAUAGCACCUAUCUUUGCGGACGCGGUCGUGCUUCUGAAGUCUGAACUCCCAACCGGCGAGAACUCAUCAUCUUUCCGGCGAAUCUCCGGUGACAACUCGCAAUCGCACCCCUUGCGUCGCUACCUCCUGCAAUCCCACCUUGUCCCAAAACCUUUUCUUCGCAUGAAUUUUAUAUAUAUGAGGAGUGCUAGCAAGUAGCAACAACGCACUCUUUUAAAGACACACUCCAACACACUUCUUGUUCAAAGACACUCUUAAAUAAGUUGUCCAAAAAUUGAAAAAGAAAGUGGAGAACACAGGGUGGGGUGGGGCAGUUUCCAUUGCCAUGCCUAAUUAUUUCGUCCGCUAGAGGCUGCUACCGCCAUGUGGAAGAAGUGAAGCGGAAGCUUUGUUAGCAUAGUUACUGUCUUUGCUGUCUUUGGUUUCUCAAAGAUGAAAAUCUUAGAGGCAAAUGCUGGUGCGCUCACAAAUUUUGAGGUCCUUGAUUUCUUACGAGGAAAAGGUGCCUCAAAAGAUCCAACACGGGUUAUUGCCAAAGUAGCACAGUCCGAAUACAAGGUUUAUGAUUAUUUGGUUAAUACUGCUGCAUCUAAUCAAACAAGGGAGAGCAUCAAUGAGUUCAUGGCAAGCGUUAAAAAGCAUGACCUGGCAAAAGCUGAGGUUCUUAAUAUAAUAAACAUCAGGCCAGCUGCUGCUGUUGAAAUGUUCCCUAUCAUAGAGGAGUGUGAGUCCCGUUUUCCAGAUGAAGAAGUCACUGAAAUAGUAGAGCUGGUGAAGAAAACAUUGCCAGCCCCACCUGCCAAAAAGAAUGUGGUGGAAAACCCUGAGGGCAAUGAAGAAACGGCAACACUAGAACAUGAAAAUGAUACCAAGAUGAGUGAAGACCAAAAUGAAGGUGGAGAACAAAUGGACACAGAUUGAGAUCCUAAUUGAAUGUAAAAGACAAAUAAUCAUUACAACAGUGAUGAACACGAGACAAGUAAUUAUUUGGAAUAGUUCCUUGAUAUUUUUCACUGAUUAUAUUCUUCUGUUAGCAGUUCUAAUGUAUUAUCUCAUUUUAA